AUGUGGAAGCAGCGAUUCAAACUGUCGAGUAUUGAGAAACGAACGCCGGAACAGGAACAGGAAAAAAUAAUUGCACGGAACAAAAAGCAGCUGAUGAUUCUAGAAGAAAAUGAGAAGCAGUUGAAGAACCUUAUUAUUUGGUUGAGAAGACAGGAGAUAAGUUUGGAGAAGGUGACACAUAAUGAGACACGUCUUCAGUUGAAUGAACUGAGUAGGGCUUACAGUGAACAGCCAAUAGAACGGAAUGCGCCGAUGGUCCCCAAAAGAAGAUUGACACCGAAUGAGAUUCUGAUGCGGAUAAUCAAAAGAUUGGAGGUUCCAGUGGUAGCUUUAAGAGUCAAUCAAUUGAUGAGGAAGUGUACAAAUCUUCCAAAAUAUAAAAGAAAAGAAGUCUAUAUGCAAAACUUAAAAGGAACGAGGGAGAAGAACAAAGAGCUGGAAAAAGAAGAAGAAACGAUGAAUCCGACAACGCCGAGCUCUGAGUCGAGAGAUCCGGCGGUGUCAUUACCUCCAAGAGAUCCUCAACCGUAUAUGGUGAGAGUUCCGAAAAAGACGCUUCGAGUUGUGGAGAACGCGCCGGUGGCUUCAUUAGAGACGGCAUCCAAAGGUCCCCUCCCUCCGAAUAAUCCAAGGAAACGGCAGCUAAGAUAUUCUUCGCCACCACAAGAAACUGCCAAGGAACGACAGCAACAACGAGUUAACGAUGAGCUCCGACGAAAACAUUCGGAAGAAAUACUCGUAUGGAAGGAGAGAUUUGAGAGAUCACAAGCUGAGAGGAAGUCACUGGAACGACGAAUGUAUCGACAGGCACAAGAGUUUCAGGAGAGAUUCGAUGAGACUGUUGACAAUAUUUCGUGGAAAGAACGAUACGCGCAUUUGGAAAAUUUCUGUCGAACAUGUAAAGGAGAAAAUAUAAAUUUGAAGGUGGAAUUGAAUGGAAUCAAGAAAGAAAUGGAUAAACGGGAGAAGGAGAUCACUGAGCUUCAGUUGGAUUUGGCCUAUGUUAGAUCGCUGUGCCCAAUGCCAAUACCACCGAGAGUCAAGAAACAAAGAAAGCCGAGAAAGCCGAAACUGCUGUCACCACUGCCACCACCACUGUCUCCAUCUGCUAUCAACUUGUAA